AAGCUCUCUGUCAAGGGGGAUAAACCGGACCAUGUCGACCAAGGAGGGGAUGGACACCGCCGACGAAGAGAUAACAGACAUUAUCGUCCAGAGGGUGCCAUACUGGGACCCGCCGGCAGUGAAGCCGCUGGAGACGAGCGAGCUGGUCGAAUGGUCCCUCUACCGCGCUUUGAUCGGCGAGUUCACGGCCUCGCUCAUCCUCGUCUACGUGAGCAUCGCCACCGUCAUCGGGUACAAAUUCCAGUCAUCGGGCGCCGACGAGAGGUGCACCGGCGUCGGGUACCUCGGCGUCGCCUGGUCCUUCGGCGCCACCGUCUCCGUCCUCGUCUACUCCACUAGCGGUGUAUCGGGCGGUCACAUAAACCCAGCGGUGUCGUUCGCUCUGUUCGUGGCCGGGAAGGUGUCGCUGGUGCGCGCCGUGCUGUACGUGGCGGCGCAGUGCCUCGGCGCCAUCUGCGGCGUGGGCGUCGUCAAGGGGAUCAUGAAGCACCCCUACGACUCCUUCGGUGGCGGCGCCAACUCGGUGACUGAGGGCUACUCGCUUGGGGCGGCACUCGGCGCCGAGACCUUUGGCACCUUCGUCCUCGUCUACACCGUCUUCUCCGCCACCGAUCCGAAACGCACGGCCCGCGACGCCUUCGUCCCGCUGGUGGCGGCGCUGCCGAUCGGUUUGGCAGUGUUCGUGGUGCACCUGGCGACCAUACCGAUCACCGGCACGGGCAUCAACCCGGCGAGGAGCCUGGGCGCCGCCGUGCUGUACAACCAACACAAAACCUGGAAGCAGCACUGGAUCUUCUGGGUCGGGCCCUUCACCGGCGCGGCCUUGGCGGCGUUCUACCACAAGAUCGUGCUGCGCGACAUUGCUGUAGUCAAGGAGGCGCUACGGGGCUCGUUUAAGAGGACCAGCUCGACCGCUUGAAGAUCGAGGAGAUGAGACCAUUUAAUGAAAAUCGAUCGAAGUUGUUGAUUAGUUAAUUUUUGCUUGUCUGCAUGUGCGUCGGUCGUUUUGCUUUGUAAGAUAUAUUUAUGCUUAUGAGAUAUGAAUGGAUGGCAGUAUGUCAUUUCCACAUCUAUGAU